AUGGCAGGCGACAAAGACACUCUCAACGACGACCUCUACGGCGGUGACCUGUACGGCGAUCUCGACCUCGAAGAGCUAGACGCAUCACAGCUGGACGAAGAACUCGAAGAUGUACCGGACCUCCAGCCGCUCUCCGACCCGGGACCCAUGACCGCCGCCGAGCUCGCAGCGAGUUCCUUCGGUCAGCCGCCGGUCAAGCAGGAACAGCAGCAACAGCAGUUCCAGCAGCAAUCCCAGCAGCAGCAGCAAGGCGGGCAGUUCGGUUUCGGCAACUCCGCUCAAGCGGGCUCUUCGGGCCAGGGGCAGGGACAGGGCUUUGGCCAGGGCGGCGAGUACAAUGACCGGGUGCGAUCGAGCGAUGCGCCUGACGAGGGGAAGAUGUUCAUUGGCGGUCUGAACUGGGAGACGACCGAGGAGGCAUUGAAUGAGUACAUGGGGCAGUAUGGUCCCGUCGAGGCGUGCACAAUCAUGCGUGACCCCAACGGCCGCUCGCGAGGGUUCGCGUUCUUGACCUACAAGCAAGCGGACAGCGUGACCAAGGUGCUCGCUGAGGUACACCACCUUGACGGCAAGCAGAUCGACCCCAAACGAGCCAUUCCCCGGGCGGAGCACGAACGGACCGCCAAAGUAUUCGUCGGUGGUCUCGCCGCGACAGUCACCUCUGAGUCCCUUCGGGUCUUCCUUACGCAAUUCGGACCCGUCAUGGACGCUACGGUCAUGUUUGACCGGGAGACGGGACGGUCCAAGGGGUUCGCAUUCGCGACAUUCGGGAACGAAGAGAGUGUGGGUGUGGCAAUGGCCGCUAGCGGUGUGGAACUAGAAGGGAAGGCCAUUGAAAUAAAGAAGGCUCAGCCCCGUGGCUCCGGAAACCUCCCCAACAAGUUCUCCAAUCAGGGAGCAGGGAACAUGGCCAUGUCGAUGGGUGGUGCCCGCGGUGGUGGCGGGAUGGGCAUGAUCGGUGGCGGAAUGGGCGGGAUGGGUAUGGGCGCCGGGAUGGGGGGUAUGGGAAUGGGAGGGAUGGGAGGGGGAUUCGACCCGUCGGCGAUGAUGAUGAUGUACCAGAACAUGAUGAAGAGUUCAGGAAUGGGUGGGAUGGGCAUGGGCGGUGGUGUCGACCCUACCGCGAUGGCUAUGAUGUACCAGAACAUGAUGAAGAACAUGACGGGAAUGAACGCGCCAGCGAUCAACCCAAACAUGGCCCGAGGCGGAAUGGGCGCGGCUGGCGGUAUGGGCAUGAUGGGUAUGGGCGGCAUGAUGGGAGGAAUGGGCGGCAUGGGUGGGAUGGGCAACAUGGCCGCUGGAAUGGGCAUGGGCGCUGGUCGAUCAGUUCCUACAGCUCCUCGCGGUCCGGCGGCGAUGCGUGGUCCAGGUGCCGAGGGCGGAACGACACCGACGAGCGGGGCUGCCGGUGCUGGGCCAGCGGGCGGGACUGGCGCACAGAGAUACUCGACUCAAGGGGCGGCAAGGGCGAGGCCUUAUUAG